AGACGUUCGACGGCUUGAGGCAUUUUGGAAACUCCAACUCCCAGCAUCCUUUGCCCACAUGGGCUUGCCUUCGUGUUUUUCCAGGACGUGGGCGGUGAUGGGGAUUGUAGUCUUUUUAACAGAGGAUCAAUACAGUUUCCUAUGUGGAUAACAGGAGCUCAGGACUACAACUCCCUUCAGGAAACAGCUCCCACACCGAUCUGUAGGCACAAGCGGCGCUGAGAGAGGUAUUCCAUUUUGUUUUAUUAUUUAAAAAAAAAAAUAAUAAUAAUUAAAAAAAAAAAAAAAAAAUUGCGUGCUGUGUCCUUUUUCUUCUUAAAGGAGAAGCGACGCGAAACAGCGCGGCCCGGUUCUGAGCAUUGCCGGAAUAGCAGAUUGUCUGAUCCUGCGUCUUUAAGAAUGAAGAAUUCAGGAUUGCGAGGGUCUUUUUAUCAAUAAGCAAUUUGAAUAAAACACAAUUUAAUAAAACAUAUACGUAUAUAUUAUUGUUAAAAACAUUGCAAAACAGCGAGAUCGGAUCGCAUCCCCGAAGCGCCGCCUGCCCGCUCGCUUUUUUUCGGUGCAAUUUUAACGCAGUCCGAGGCGGGCGGUUAUGGAACCGGAGCCGAGCCGGGCUGAAGACACCAGCGGCGGAGUGAAGACCGAGCCGCCGCCGCCGCCGCCGCCGCCGCCGCCGCACGACGAACAGGCAGCAGCAGCAGCAGCAGCAGCAGCAGCAGCGGGAGAGGCGGCGGUGACCCCGGCGGUGGUUCCCAGCCCCGCCGCCCCGGGGAGAGUGCUCCGGGACCGGUCUGCGGGCCGUAGUUUGACCGCGGCUGCAGCGGCGGCCCUGUCGGCCUCGGAGGUCCGGAGCCCGGGGGAGCCGCACACGCAGCCCGGUUCCGGGAGAGUGCUGCGGGAGAGGACCGGCCGCUCCUCCGGGGAGGGUAAGAGCCGCGCCUCCCCGGCCAGUGGGCUCCAGCCAGCGGCGAUAGGGGAUGGGCCCGCCGCUGCUGCCCGCCGGAGGAAAGCGGAGUGCCCCCGCCGCAGGAGGAACGCCGGGGCCCGGGGAGAAGGCGCGGACGAUGCGGUGGAUGACAGCGGCCUAACAGUAGAUUCGCAAGACACAAAGAAUUCUAUAGAAAAAGGUUGCAUUUCGUUUUUGACAGGAGACCCCACGGCCCCAAAAUCCCGCCCCACCAGGUCUCGAAGGGGCGGGCGAGUCUCCACCCCCCGCCAACGGGCCUCUGCGGAGAACUCGAGGGCCACAAAGUCUCGCGGGGGCCCAGGACCCCUGGUCUGCAAAGCAGAGCCAGAUACUGAACAGAAAGAGUAUGGGGGUACCUCUGGGGCGCUCCAGUCUCUCCCUGCUGUGAGCGAGGAUGAAGAGGAUGUUGUGAUCAGUGAGGAAGACCCUCCAUUUCGAGAUGACCCCAAAGACCAGAACUACAAGCCCCACAUAGAGAGGGACCCUCCUAACCCUAAAUCGAAGCCCCGCCGUCGCUCUCACAAAGGGAAGGAGGAUAAAGAGAAGAAGUCCGACAUCAAGCUGGAGGCCGACGUGAAGGAAGAGAACGAGUUCGGAGAGGAGGUGGAACCGCCCAGGAAGAGAGGCAGGAGAAGGAAAGACGACAAGAGCCCUCGUCUCCCGAAACGCAGGAAGAAGCCGCCGAUCCAGUACGUGCGGUGUGAGAUGGAGGGGUGUGGCACCGUGCUGGCACACCCCCGUUACCUACAGCACCACAUCAAAUACCAGCACUUGCUGAAGAAGAAGUAUGUGUGCCCUCACCCAUCCUGCGGCCGGCUUUUCAGACUCCAAAAACAGCUCCUGAGACACGCCAAGCACCACACAGAUCAGCGAGACUAUAUCUGUGAAUACUGCGCCCGCGCCUUCAAGAGCUCUCACAACCUGGCCGUGCACAGAAUGAUUCACACAGGAGAGAAGCCACUACAGUGUGAGAUCUGUGGCUUCACGUGCAGGCAGAAGGCGUCUCUGAACUGGCACAUGAAGAAGCACGAUGCAGACGCCUCCUACCAGUUUUCCUGCAGCAUCUGUGGCAAACGUUUCGAGAAGAAGGACAGCGUGGUGGCACACAAAGCCAAGAGCCACCCGGAGAUCCUCAUCGCCGAAGCCCUGGCCGCCAACGCGGGGGCCCUCAUCACCAGCACGGGGGCCACCGAGGAGGAGGGCGCGGGGGUGGGGCCGGGCCCUGAGGGGCUCCUGCUGUCCUGUGACCCCCUGGUGAUCUGUGCGGAGGAGUUGGGGACCCCCAACGCCAGCCAGCUGGGGGUGGAGAGGCUGGUUAUGGAUCCCCAAGCUUUGAGGUCGGAUGCCCGGAUUCUGGGCUCCAGCGCUGGGCUGAUUGUGGACGCAGAGGCCCUGGGGGCGGCUGGGGAGGUCCUGAUUGAGGAUUCGGGACAGCACCUCCUACCCUGAGGGGUGGGG